AUGGAGCUUACUUCCUUCCCAUUUCUCAACCAGGACGCUCCCGACGACCUCUCCCCCUUCUCCAGCUUCCUCUUCCCCGACAUGGCCAGCUUCGCCCCGCGGGAGCGGGAGCGGGAGCGGGAGCGGAGCCAACCCUUUAAGCGCCGCAGGAAGGAGGAAGGAGGAGGACAGCACGGCAAUGGCGAUGGCGGCGGGUCGGUGGGAGAGAUCGUGGCGUCGCUCGCUUUGAUCGAGGAGGAAGAGAAGCGCGAGAGGGAGAGCUUCUUCGCCGAGUCGACGCGAGGGAAGGCCACCCUGGAUUGGAACUUCGGUCGGGAGGUCCAAGCGGUCGGGGAUUACUACAGCCAAUUCCAGGAGCAUUACGACGGCGCGAACGAGCUCGAGAUGAGGAAGAACAAGCGCACCAGGCAGUCGGCCGCCGCGGCCGCAGCGGCGGCUGCGGCGGCGGCGGUGGCGGCGGAGGGCGGUGAGGGCGACGCGCCGGUGCAGGGCGUGGGCCAGCAUCGGCGGCUUUGGGUGAAGGACCGGUCAAAGGAUUGGUGGGAGAAGUGCAGCAGCCCGGAGUUCCCCGAGGAGGAGUUCCGGCGCGAGUUCCGGAUGAGCAAGGCCACCUUCGAAUUCAUCUGCAACGAGCUCAACGCGGCCGUCACGAAGAAGAACACGAUGCUGCGGGACGCGAUCCCGGUGCGGCAGCGCGUGGCGGUGUGCGUGUGGCGGCUCGCCACCGGGGAGCCGCUCCGCCUCGUGUCGAAGCGGUUCGGCCUCGGCAUCUCCACGUGCCACAAGCUGGUCCUCGAGGUCUGCUCCGCGAUCCGCAACGUCCUCAUGCCCAAGUUCCUCCAGUGGCCCGACGACGGCCAGCUCGCGGCGAUCAAGCAGGAGUUCGAGGCGGUGUCGGGCAUCCCGCGCGUGUGCGGGGCAAUGUACACGACCCACAUCCCGAUCAUCGCCCCCAAGAUCAGCGUCGCCGCGUACCUGAACAGGCGGCACACGGAGCGGAACCAGAAGACCACGUACACGAUCACGGUCCAGGGCGUGGUCGACCCGCGGGGCGUGUUCACGGACGUGUGCAUCGGGUGGCCCGGGUCGAUGCCCGACGACCAGGUCCUCCAGAAGUCGGCGCUGCACCAGAGGGCCGGCAAGGGGCUGCUGAAGGACGUCUGGGUGGUGGGCAACCCCGGGCACCCGCUGACGGUCGUCCUCGUCCCCUACACGCACCAGAACAUCACCUGGACGCAGCACGCGUUCAACCAGAAGCUGGCGGACGUCCGGGGCGUGGCGCGGGAGGCGUUCGCGCGGCUCAAGGGGCGAUGGGCAUGCCUGCAGAAGCGGACCGAGGUGAAGCUGCAGGACCUGCCGGUCGUGCUCGGGGCGUGCUGCGUGCUGCACAACAUCUGCGAGGCGAGGAACGAGGCCAUGGAACCAGACACUAGGUUCGACAUCUUCGACGAUGAGAUGCUGCCCGACAACCCGGUCCGGUCAGCCGCCGCGGCGCAGGCCCGGGAUCAGAUCGCGCACAACCUGUUGCACCACGGGUUCGCCGGCACUUCUUUUCUAUAGCGGUCUCUAGUAGGAUCGGAGCUUUUGGGCCAUUCGAUUAGUUUGCUUUUUUCGAUUUUCGAUUUGACGAUAUACUUAUUAUUUUAAUGGAUGUGGGUAUAGAAUAAAGUGAUUUUGAUCAUUAGGCUUGGGGUUUGAGGAAAAUACGGGACCUGGAUAGUAUCUAACAUACGGAAUUCAUACACGUUUUCGUGUUUGGUUAACUUGUCCCUCUCAAUAUUCUCCUUCUUUAUUUUGAUUUUCGUCAAUAUAGAUGAUCGAGAUUACACUUUUGACA